AUGGGGUCUAUAUUUCGUGAAUAUCGUGUCCACCACUCCUCGCCUGAUGGGAUCCUUGUGCAGCUUCCCGGUCAUGGGGGUUUUGGUCGCCUUACUAAACAAACUCUUGGCGAUGACAAACUUGCAGAGUGUCUUUUCAAGAAUUUUUCGGGACGUGAACAUGUCUCUGCCAUCCUCUGUCGUAACAAACGGGAUUCACAGGGUUAUCUUCAGCUUACAGUUUCGUUGACCGAGGUCUGGAGUGACCUCUACGCUUAUCCUCCCAUGGUUCGUUGGCUUGUGCAGAGGCUGCUCAAAAAGCAUUUGCUUGUCGGUCUUGGCACUACAACUGCCAGUCGUGUAGUAAAAAGUAGCACCAAGGGGACAGUCUUCAGCAUUUCACCAAGCUUAACAGCUGUAGCUGCACUCGAAAGGAUUGACGCUAGACAUGAAGGUGAGGAGGGUCCACAAAACGACUAUAACAAGGGUUCUGGCAAGGCCGAGGUGGUGCCACACGUAACGGGUGAGCAAAGCAACCUUCAGGAAGAUGAGGCGAAAGUAAUUACCGGCGCGUCCCACGCUCUGCGCGAGGUUCGAAUUUUGAAUUACGAUGUGGAUACAAAUGUCGUAAACGUGACUUUCAAAACACAGGUCGUUGAGAACACUCCACUAGAUACUGCGAUGGCAGCACUAGUCCUUGCAUCAAUUCCACCCGGCUCGAUAGUCACGGCUGGGGUACUGCUGUCCAGCACGGAUGACGGUUGCGCGGUGGUUGAAAUUUUGGCCACUGUUCCCGUUCAGGGCCAGCAACAAUCCUGUAGCAUUCUCGGCUACUAUAUGUUCAACAUGGGCCCAAAUGCCUCACCGUCCCCGGUCGUGGGCUCCAAACUACAGCUGACGGUUGAGUUCAGCGCCGAGGUCGCGUCUCUUCAAGCGGUACUUCCCUUUGUAGUUCUUUCUAAUCGACGCCAAGUGGAUAGUUUCUUGUCCCUUCCUACUGUUCGCUACAGCGCCUGCCUGGCGUCUCCCAUGUUUUCCUCUUUUUUUGCGUCGUCAGGGGGCAAAAGGGUUUGUGAUUCUAGCACCGGUCUACUAGGGAACUUCCCAUGGAGGCAGCAAAACGAGAGCAUGCUUUCUGGCGACGUUGAAAGUGAUGAUGGACUUGGUGCCAACUCAGUGCGCCAGGACGAUGGCAAAUCCCACAUCCGCCGCCGUAGACUUGAGGAGGCAAUUGAUGCCUAUGAGCGUGGCAUGGACCAAGCAACUCCAUCCUCUCCCGAGGAAUUCCAACGUCACCUACUCGCAAAUCCUAACAGCAGCUACUUAUGGACACAGUACAUGGCCUACUACGUAGGUCUACAAAAAUAUGAAGAGGCGAGGCAAAUCGCAGAGAAGGCACUGAGUACCAUAGGUGUGAGGGAACAGAAUGAACGUCUGAAUGUGUGGGUGGCCUAUCUUAAUCUGGAGAAUUUGUACGGUACUGCGGAGUCCCUUGCGCUCAUUUUCAAGCGUGCUCUUCAGCGACAGAUGAAUCCCUUUGUUUUACACGAACGUCUCGCCGAUAUAUAUGCCGCGUCUAAUAAACCAAACCAGCUUCUUGCGCUCUGUCGUAAUAUGACGAGUAAGUUCCGUAACGAGCGCAGUGCAUGGGAACGACUUGGUAUAACCCUUGUUGAUCAGAGCAAACGUGACCAACUUAAGCGCGUCAUCAAAGACAUGAGUAGUGCACUUAAAAGAAAUGAAGCCUCUUUAAAUAUUGUCCAUAUUGCCAUUCAUGAAUACAAGAAGGGCAGUGUUGAGAAUGGGCGUGCACUGUUUGAGAGUUUUCUGUCAAAAGUACCAAAGAAGACGGACAUCUGGUCAACAUAUCUGGACCAGGAGCUUGCACUCUUAACUCGCCGUGCGCCUGAAUCGUCCGUGACGUAUGUUCGAACUCUUUUUGAGCGCACAGUGUCGAUGAAUUUCAGUGCUAAGGUUACGCACCAGAUUUUGUCGCGCUUUCUGAACUUUGAAAUAGGUUUUGGAUCACCAGAAAAUGUGGAGAAGGUGAAGGAGAGCGCGAGGGCUUAUGUGAGUGCAAAAAUUCAAUCAGUGACGAGUACAACUAAUGAUGUGGGGAGCACUGCUAACUAA